AACGAAACGAAAAAAUUAUUUCCUAAUUUUCCUGUCUUCUUUAUUGUUGGUUCUACUUUACGACGUGGUUCUAAUAACUUUACUUUCUGGUGUUAUGAUCAGUGUUUGUUCCUCAUUGAUUAAAUUUAAAUUAUAUUAAUUACAAGUUGUUGUCAUCAGGAUUUUUUUUCUUGUCGAAGUUAAGUGUAUGAUUUUACACCAUGGAGGAAGACAGUAGCAGUGAUGAAAUAACACCAUCGGUGCCACAAGAACAACCUGGUACUGAAAAUAAGCAGGAAAGUUACGGUUCGGAUGAAUCAGAAGAUGAAAUUGGCACUACCAAGAAAGCUAAGAAACGUACUGAAAUCCAGUCUGAAAGUGAUUCGGAAAGGUCAGAGACGGAGGCUAAAUCACCAGUUAAUGCUGAACCUAAAACUGAUAGAAGCGACAAUGAUAGAGACCAAAACAGUGAUGUUAAUUUUAAAACACAACCUAAAAAGUCUAGAAUCCAAAAUAUGUCUUCAACCGAUAACAGUAGUGAUAGUGACAGAGUUGAUGAACAGACUCUCAUACCUGAAGCAAAAAAAAAUGAGGAGCAGCAGGCCAGAAUGAAAAGCAAAAAACAUAGGUUGAAAGAUAAGUUUAAAAACCUGACCAAAUCCCGUGAAAAGCCAUCUAAAUUGGGAUCUAAUUCAUCUGCCUCCGAUAAUGAUAUCAGUGUGAACAAAUCUAAGUCAAAUCAUACCUCUGAUGAAGAAGAUUUAUCAUCUAUUGAAAAAAUUAAGCAGAUAAUCAAAGAUAAAAGUACUAUCCUCAAAUCAACAAUAUAUGAUACAGACACCUCUAGUGAUGAAGGCAAGCAGAACAGCCAAGCAUCAAAAGCUAAAAGGAGAUCAACAAAAUUAACAUCUCCUAAACCUAUCCGGUUAUCAGCCAAACAAGCUAUGGAUAACAUGAAUAAGAUAAAAAGUGAAUCCAACCGUAUGUUGCGAGAAAAGGAGGUCUCCCUUCCUUACCAUAGACCAAAAGCUCUAGCAUUAAAAGAUAUCUUAAGUAGAAGAAAGCCUGUCCUCACAUCAGAUGGAAAAGCCUUACCUUUGAAAAUGAAUGAAGAGCAACUUAAAGAGUAUGCUCAUUUAUUAGAGCAAAGACAAAAGGAAAUGAUGGAACUCUGUAAAAGUGAAUCAGAAGAGGAAGAAACAGCAACAGAAAACCCAGAAGUUUCAGGAGAACCAGGAGGUGUAGCUGCUAAUGAUACAAGCAAACAGUGCCAAAGUAGCCAAUCAAGUCCAAAUAGCAAUGAAGAACUUAAAAAUCUUUACAAAAGUGAAGAUAAAAUUGAUAGUGAUGUUGCAAAUGCCUCUGAAAUAGAAAAACCUAUCACGGUCGUACAAAACACUGAUGUUGAUGCAAAUGAUAACAAUACUAUGACUGAAAAUAAUCAAAGCAUUUUGAAUGACAAAGAAGCAUCAAAAAAUGAUAUUUCAUUUGAUAAUGUAAUGGAAAACUGUACUAGAAAAGAAGUUAAAGAAACAGUAUCAAAUGAUAACGACUGUUUAGUGAUAAAUACUGAAAAAGAUAGUCAGUUAAUAUCACUACAAUAUGAUACUGAAAAAACAGAAGAAAAUUCAGACUGUAUUAUCGAUGAUAAUCGUAAAAAAGAUGAUCAAGUAAUCUCAAAUCCUUCUGCCAUUGAUCACGAAACUGAAAACAAUAUUGUUGAUGCAAGUGAUAAUUUGGAUCAUGAAAAUAUUGAAACUGAAGAAAAAGAUCGGUCUGAAAAUUAUGAUAAAUCUAUGGAUGAUGUUAAUGGAUUUUCUGAUAAUGAUUUUGAAAUGGAAGAUAUUGACCGUAUUAUUGAGAACGCAGAAAUAAUAGACAGCCAACUGACCGAUUCUCCAAUGCUCGUGAAAGAUAGCUUUAAUUUAAAUAAGAAACCCAAGUUGACUGGAGCUCCAGGGAUGGUAAUUGAUUUAGAUGGGAGUAGUGCUGCAUCUAGGAAGGUAUCAGGUGUAGAAUUACUAAAGCAACGAUUCACAUAUUUCAAUAAAUUAAAGACAGCUAAAGAAAUUGAAAUAGCGACGCAACAAAAAAUUAAGCCUGGUACUCAACAUUUAAAGCUGAAACAAGAGCUGGAAGAACAAAUGGCGGAACAGAGAUCUCUUGAAUGGGCAAAGCGAUUGGAAGAAGAGAAACAAAAUCAAAUGGAACUUAAUGCUGUUAGAGGCGAUGACUCCGAUGAAGAAGAAGAUGAUAUUGAAAAAAUAGAAGCUAAACUAGCUGAAGAAGAAGCUGAAAGACUUAAAGCGAAAGCAUGUGAGUCUGAAGAAGAAGAUGAACUAGAAGAAAAUGAUAUAUCAAUGGAAGAUAAGCCUAGAGAAAAGAAUCCUAUGGUUGCAGAUGAAGCAGAGGAGACUGAUGGUGAAGAUGAAGAUAAUCCGGCAGAUGAGAACAAUGAAGACAUCGAAAAUAAAGGCGAUGAUGAAAAUGAUGGAGAUGACGAAUCUGAUGAAGAUUCAAGUGACGAAUCUUCUGAUGAAGAUAUUGCCAUUAAUGAUACUAAACAAAAGAAAGGCAGAAUAGUGAAAGCUUUUGAAGAUUCUGAUGAGGAAAUAGAAACUAAUCAAACAAAUAAAGAUAGUAAUAUUACCAAAGAUAACUCUGUAGAAUCCCUAAACAAUAAGAGCGUUGAUAAUGCUGAAGUCAAAGAAUCUUCCGAAAUGAACUCCCAAGAUGACGAAAUACAACUGGCCCAGCUACAAAAGUCCUAUUCAGAAGACUUGUUCACCAGCCAAGAGACAGACAUGAAACUGACAGCAUCAAUUCAAACACCAUUUCAAACGAAAUCUUCAAAUGAAGAUAAUAUAGGACCUUCGGUAUUAGCUCCAGAUAGUGAUGACAUUAGUAAAGAAGUAAACGACGGAAAACAUGGUGGAAAUGUAGCUGUUAUUUGUGAAACACAGCCUUUUGAUGAUGCUAAAUUUGAUGACAUAGCAGGCAUGUGUUCGGGCAGCUUCUCCCAAGCCGUGCCGCCGACGCAGCUCGGCUCCAGCCAACCUACACAAACCCCCGAAAUAGGAGAAGACUUACUAGCUUUAUGCACCGGAAAAUUCUAUGAUAACGAAUUUAUUUCUCAAGACGAUAGUGCUAUUCCUGAAGAAAAUCAGCACAAAGAUUCUAAAACAAAAGAAGACACGGUAAAUGAAGAUGAAGAUGAUGUUAUUUUAGAAGAAAAGAAUGACAAAGUAAAUUGUACUGAUAAAAAACAUGUCGGUGACUCUGUAAAAGAUGACGGAAAUCUCAAAUCUAUUUUAGAUGAACUUAACGACCCUGAGUUUGAUGAUCCUAAGCCAAAUAAGUUCUUUACUGGUGGCAGUAAGGUUGAUAAUAGUAUAACACAGAAAAAGCGAUUUGUCAUAGAAUCUGAUGACGAAGGGGCCGAUACGACCGAGAAAGAGGUUAAAAUUAAAAAGAAAAUUAAGAAGAAGAAAUUGCAGGAUAGAGCCCUACAAAUAUCGGAUGACGAAGAAGAAUUAUCAGAAGAGGAGAAUGAAGAAGAAUCUGCUUCAGAAGCCGAGGAAGAAGACCCCGAGCGCGUUGUCGAGUAUGAUUCAGAGGAGAACGAAGUACAAAUCCAAGCACCGCCCAAGAAGAAGCUGAAGCGUAAAGUGGGUGAAUUCUUCGAGCAAGAAGCCGAGUUGACUUCUGAAGACGAGUGGGUGGGGUCAGGAGACGAAGACGAGGCGGGGCUUGACCGGCUGGAGCGCGAGGCCGGUGAUGAUGACGUCUUCCACCAGGGGAAACUGCAGACUGAGCUGGGGCAGAUACACAUGCGCGACGUGUUGGACCAGGACCGGCGCGAGGUGCGCAUCCUGCAGGAGCUGUUGUUUGAAGACGGCGACCUCGGCGAGGGACAUCGGCAGAGGAAGUUCCGCUGGAAGUAUGACGAAGCCGAAGGCGAGGAGGCACGGCACCUGGAGCUGGGCGAGCUCGGGACUCAGGAGGACGAGAUGGAGUCCGAGGUGGAGUGGAGGAGGCAGCGGCACGAGAGGCAACUGUUCCUUAGGCAGAUGAAACAAGAAGGAGACCAAAACGAGCCGCUCCUCAACACCUUCAACACAACUGGCAACACCACCCUGACGUCUAAGAACACGUCGACGCUUCUAGAAGUGAACACUACAGCUGAUGGCAUCGCCACUGCCGUCCCUCUGCCGAAAAUCACUAAGGAUGUUAUCAGCCCUACGAAGAAAGCAUUUCCGAUGCUGCAGAAGAGCUACCGCGGCUCGCUGCUAUCCCGCGGGUCGGGCGCGCUGGGCCGCCUGGCCGCGCUCGCCACCCCGCUAGCAGGCGACGGCGACGAGCGGCCCAACAUCGGCUCCCUCAAGACUGGCAAGGGCAACUUCGUCUUUGCUGCCGUGUCGCCUACGCCGGAUCAACCUAGGGUAUCAAAGAGGAAAAAGGACAGUAACACUGGAACACCGACUCUCAUGAAAAAACUGAAGACUGAAGAAAAAAGGGACUUCCCCAGAAGUAGUUUAAUAGAUCAUUUUAAUAUAUAAGUACGUAUAAGUUCAAUAGUAGAUUAGAAAUAUUUUAUAAGUAUUGAUAACUGUACAUAUUAUUUUAUUUUCAUAUAUUAUUUACUGACUUGCAAAUAAACAUGUAAUCUACGUAA